CAAACGUCCUGGAAACCCGAGAAGACCCACCGUGCGGGGUGAAGGUGGAAGGGGUACGCGGAGAAGGAGGGGUUGGAAAAGUGGUGCAACAGCAGGCACACAAACCGAACAACGCACAAACAGAGUGACAGAGAGAGAGAGAGAGAGAGAAAGAGGCGCGAGAAAGAAAAAUGCUGCUCGCCCGCAGACGGCACUGAAGGUCACCGAGUCGAGAGAAAUGGCCGCCCGGACGGAGAAACAACCGGCCAAAGUCACGGACCCGGGCAACGCAGCGAUCCCACUGAAAUUCAUCUACGUCCCGCAGAAGAUCGAGGUGUACGAGCACGAGACGGCCAUCUUUCAGUGUAUCAUCGAGGGAUACCCAGCGCCGGUGAUGCGAUGGCAGCGAAAUGGCGUCACUCUCGCGCCAUCACGUACCAUUUCCAUCCAGAGUAAGGGAUCACUGUGCACGAUGAAGAUCCAGGGUGUAGCUUCAAAGGACGCCGGACCGUACCAGCUGGUGAUUGGGAAUGCUAGCGGCCAGGUAGAGCGCACGAUUGAGCUGCUGGUGCUGGAGAAGAUCCGCACGAUCAACCGCGUGCAGCGUAACAGCCAGCCAGCGAACAGUAGCAUGAGGAUCUACCGGCACAUCGAUGACUACUCGCCACUGGUCGGUGAGUAUAUCAUGCUGAAUGCGGAAUACUACGCCCCAUCGAUCCCGACGCUGCGGUGUUUCCACAAUGGCCGUGAGCUUGAGGAUGCGAGGAUCUUCCACCGCAGCGUUAGCCCGCGUAAUAUGUCACUCGUCCUUGAGAAGGCACGUCCUGCGGACUCGGGUACGUACACCUGCGUGCUGGAGACGAUCGAUGGUUGCAUGAAGGUGAUGUCGGCGGAGAUUGACGUCCAGGAUCCGAAGUGGUCCGUCCCGAUCGACAAAAUGGCGCGCAUCGUGCGUGAACUUCCGAAGGUGAUCACGAUCACGGAAGGUACGGAAGUUGAGCUCGCGCUGGAGCUACACUGUUCGGAGUUGUUUAAGUGCGUGUGGAAACGGAAUGGCCGACCUGUGAAGGAUUCGAGUGAUUUUGCGUACAUCGAUCAUGGCAAUGGUCAGUUGGGUUUGCGUCUAAAGGACCCUUUUUUGGACGACGCAGGUCUGUUCGAGUGCUGCAUCGAGGCGGCUACACAGCAGUUGAGUUCGAGCUGUUAUCUGGACGUGCUCGAGUUGGAACAACAGUCUCCAACGAUGGCAAAAGAUCGCGAUCAACAGCUACCGGCACGUUUCGUGCGCUUCCCGCUGUCACAGAUCGCCCUCGAGGGUGAUAAUGUGGAGUUUUACGCCUGCGUUUCGCCACCAGACUCCCGCAUCCGGUGGUUUGUGCGUGGUGCGGAAAUUACCAGCGGCACCAAAGGAUUCUCGAUCGAGUCGCGAGACGAUGGUGGCAACAUACUGCGGAUAUUCAACAGCACGUACCGUCAAAGUGGUGAAGUACGAUGCGCUAUCACGUGCAAUGGCACCGACUCUUACCGGCAGGUGUUCGCACACGCAGACCUCUGUGUGCUGCCGAAGGCGUACUUGGGCACUCUCGAUCGGAAGGAGAUCGAACGGUACAGUGGUGUGAAUCAGAAGCUGCGCUUUCUUCAUUGUCUACAGGACGAAGUAGUGCUGCAGGGUGAUGACGUGAUCAUUGAGGCUUGCUUCCAGGGCAAAUCAACGGCUGAACUUCGGUGGAAACGAUCGGGACGAUCGAUAGCAGACAGCAACGCGAUUACGUGUAACCUACCCGGUCGGACACGACUUCUGCUGACGAACAUCGAACCCGCUCAGGGUGGGAAGUAUAGCGUUCAACUCGAUAAGGCCUGCCCGGAGACGGAGUUAUCGAUGUGUCUGCGGGUCGAAUCACCUCCAGAACCACCUGCUGGCAGACCGACGGUGACCAUCACCUCACAAGACGCCCUAACCGUGUCCUGGAACCCGGCUCCGUACGAUGGAGGAAGUGCCAUAACCGGAUUUGUGAUCGAGAUGCAUCUCGAGCAGAAUGACGCACAGGACGUGUGGAUCUUCGCGAAGCGUGUACCGAACUCCUUCUCGUGCGUGAUCGAUGGACUACGGCAGGACGCACGCUACCGGUUCCGGAUACGGGCGGAGAACGUGCACGGUACGAGUCAUCCAACACCUGCUAGUGACUUCUUUGCCCCCGGUGAGGAUAAACGCACCAACGGCACGGGAAAUCGAUCGAUCGCGAGUCCCACCUCGAGCGGCACCAGCUUCUGCAGUGAUGGGAAUGAGGAUGGCAGCCUCACGGACGGUGGAACAGAUGGGCUAAAUAGUACCGUGACACCAGCAACACCGACCGGAUUAGCGAUCCGACCAGGUGGCGACUUCGAUGAGCAGUUCGAGGUGGUUAAGGAAGUUGGUAAGGGCCGGUUUGGUGUGGUGUACAAGGUGGUGGCACGGCAAGGUGAAAACGCAGGAACCGUGCUGGCGGCGAAGAAGGUGAAGUGCAUCCGGUUGAAGGACAAAGAACGCGUGUGGCAGGAAACGGUCAUCAUGGAGGGUCUCGAACAUCCGAAGCUGUUGCGAUUGUUCGCGACGUUCGAGCUGCCGAAGGAGAUCAUUAUGGUGGUGGAGUACAUCUCGGGUGGUGAGCUGUUCGAGCGUGUGGUGGCCGAUGACUUCACCCUCACCGAGAAGGACUGCGUCAUUUUCGUGCGGCAGAUCUGUCGCGGUGUGGAGCACAUGCACAGUCGACAGAUCGUUCAUCUCGAUCUGAAGCCUGAGAACAUUAUGUGUGCGACCAAAACGAGCCAUGAGAUCAAGAUCAUCGAUUUUGGGCUUGCGCAACGACUGUGUUCAUCGAGCCCGACACGUGUGCUGUUCGGUACGCCGGAGUUCAUCGCACCGGAAAUCAUCAACUACGAGCCGAUCAGCGUCCAGUCGGACAUGUGGAGCAUCGGUGUAAUAUGUUACGUGCUGCUGUCAGGAUUGUCCCCGUUCAUGGGUGACAACGACGUGGACACGUUUAGCAACAUCACGCGGGCCGAGUAUGACUUCGACGAUGAGGCGUUCGAUUUGGUGUCAGACGAAGCAAAAGAGUUCAUUGCUGGGUUGUUGCGAGGCCGCCAGGAAGAACGACUGACCGCUCAGCAGUGCCUGCAGUCCGAGUGGCUAUCACUCAAGGGUGGUGACAACGUCGGGGUGAACCAGAUCCGGACGGAUAAGCUGAAAAAGUUCAUCAUCCGUAGAAAAUGGCAGAAAACAGGAAACGCCAUACGGGCCCUCGGUAGGAUGGCAAACUUAUCCGCUUCCCGGCGAGUCUCGGUUGUGCCGCGUGAAGCAAACCCUGAGUAGGUACAUUCCGUUGCCCUGUAGGCCGCGAUCCUUGAUGCACGAAUGACGGCGAACGUUACGGUUGAACAUAAGCUUGUUAAUUGAUUCUAAUACCAAAUUAAAGCAUCCGAUGUUGCACGUAAUUGUUUGAUUGUUAUUGUUUUAACUCCAUACAGUCGCUAUGCAAACUAUUAUUUCAAUAAAGCAGUAAUAUAAGCAACA